ACUUUGAUACCCGGACCGUUCUGCACUUCCUGGACUUCCUGGAUCUGCGCUUCACUGGAAAUGUUCAGCCCUUUUUCGUUUUUUUCUUUUUUGGCCCUGUACUUACUCAUCUUUCCACCUCAACCUACUUUCACAGCUAAAUCUGGCUGAGCUCAAUAAUAGCGUUCCACCACAAAGUUAUUUAAAUUACCAAAAGUUUAAAAAGUGGGUCAGCAGACCACUAUAUUCUCGAUUUACCCAAUUCCUGUUACAUCUGGUUUUAAUUUGUGGAUUCCUCAACACUUCAAAUGUUACACACAUCCCUAAAAUAGAGUUGUGUCUGAAGUUUUCUUCACUUAAAUCUGCGAUUGCCAAUGUCAGAUAGUCAUUUUUGGCAAACGAAGGAAAACAUAGAUUAAACUUGGAAAAACACAAAGCAUAUUGUGUUCUGUUAUAGCUUUACAUGGUUUCAUGAAGUACAUACUGGUAACAUUGCUGUCGCAACUUGGUGGUGGAGUGUGGUUUCCUGCCUCUUUAAGCCAGCUACUCCUUUAUAUUUGAGUUAGUAGAGAUGGAAAAAAAAAACUAUUUUUUUACAUCUUCCGUCUGAAUAAGAGUUUAUGGAACAUUGCGUUACUGAGCUAUUGGAAACCUACAAUAAACUGUAUGAAACAAAAUUUCUAGACAUAUUAGAGUGUGUGAUUUUUCCCUCAUUCAAAUAGGGUUCAAAACCACUCAAAACAAGUCAUUGUUAUUGUUUAUAAUAUGUCCAUUGUUGUCAACUAGUUAAUUUUAAAUGUGCAAUUAAUAAAUUUGAUUAAAAAUUAACAUACAAACUUUAAUCAGUUCUCAAGAUAGAAAUGUCAAUUUAAGACCUACUUUAUUAUUAUAUUGGUAAGAAAGAAAGAAAGAAAGAAAGAAAGAAAGAAAGAAAGAAAGAAAGAGAGAAAGAAAAAGAAAAAGAAAAAGAAAAAGAAAGAAAGAAAAAUAAAUUAAUAAAUAAAAUGCUCCCAAUGACAGCUCUGUUGGUACACUAUGUAAGGUAUGCAGUACUGAAAUCAGCUACAGGUUCUAAACUUUUAUAAAGAGUAAAACCAGCUGACCUGAGUUCAGAGUUUGGCAAGACUGUUGGAAUCUGAAUCCUCUAAUGCGGACCAUGCAGAACUGACCCAGCCUAUAAAUAUUGCUGAGCCGUAUUACUGGAAAAGAACAAAGAACUCGGAGAAAACAAGUGGAAGCGUUGUGAAAUGGAGAUAUAUAUUGCUGUCAGGAAGUUUUCUCUCAGAGUUGUGCCAGUGUUGCAGUGGUUGUAUCUGCUUUGGCCAGGCCUGGGCUCUUCUGCACAGCUCUCCGCAAAAGACUUCUGUGUACCAGAGGUUGUUGCUCUCAGAAGAAGCAUAAGGAAACUGGAGAAUACACUUUUGAUCAAGACUUGGCAGGUCGAGCACCUGCAGAUGCACAAAUACUUCCAACCAUUUCAGCCUCUUGUUACUGAUGGUAAACCUAAAACUGACUCAGCCUCUAGUGUAAACCACAGCGACAGCCUGGAUAAGACACUGACAAAACCACUUCCACCAGCUGGAAAUGUGAUUGUCCAUGACAAAGACUGUUCUGAACUGUUUGACAGACUGAAACCACCAAGUGGUUUUUAUCGCAUCAGACCCAAAUUACACCAGGAGCCCUUUUUAGUCUACUGUGAUAUGGAGGACGGAGGAGGAUGGACAGUGUUUCAAAGACGAAGGCAUGGAAAAGUAGAUUUCAACAGAGACUGGGUGGACUACAGAGAUGGCUUUGGAGAUUUUAAACUGUGGAAUGAUGAAUUCUGGUUGGGGAAUGAACGCAUAUUCAGUCUGCUGUCAGAAGAUAAAAACCUGGUCAAGAUUGAUCUGAUGGACUGGGAAGGGCAGAGAAGUCAUGCAUUUUAUGAGAACUUUAGGAUCACUGAUGAGGCCGAUAAAUAUCGCCUCCAGUAUGAGCAGUACAGUGGGAAAGCUGGUGAUGCUCUCACUGGUGGUGGGCGGAUGGUGGAGCAGUGGUCUAGCUGUCUGAGUGGGAUGCAGUUCAGUACCAGAGAUCAGGAUAAUGACCGAUUUCUUCAAGGAAGCUGUGCCCAGGAGAACGGGGCAGGUUGGUGGUUCAACAGAUGUCAUGCAGCCAAUCUGAAUGGAAAAUUCUACCGCAAAGGGAAAUACAAGGCCCAGUAUGACAAUGGUGUGGUGUGGAGUACAUGGAAAGGCCUUUGGUAUUCCCUUAGACACACCACCAUGAAGGUGCGACCUCUGGUUUUCUUGGAUACUGUGGGAAGUGGAGCUGGAGAAAUUUAAAAUCGCCUUGCUGCAUAUUCACCUUUAAAUGGUAAAGAAAAAAGGAGCAAACACUUGUCUUGUUUCAGUUAAUAUUUUAAUUUCUCUCUUUGCUUCAAUUUUAGGAUUUAUUAUAAAAUUAUCAAUAUCACAGCGUCUUCUAUCAUGAACUCUCCAGUAAUUAUUUCUUUUUCUAUGUGUACAUUUCUCUGGCAUAAAAACAAACAGCAUUUCAGCUGCACUGCUUCACUAAUGUUUGUUUUUUACUGUCUUCAAACACUGUUACAGUUUCAUAUUACAGAUCAUUUGUACACAUUUCAGAAUAUACACUGCUUAGAUCACACAUUCAAAGUGUCCCGAAACUAUAA